CCUGGACAUGGACCGAUACAGGUACUUCAUUUUCAACCAGAAGAGCGUGCUCGUCCUCGGUAUCCUCCAGAUAGCUUGUGCGGGGCUGUGUGUGGUGUGCGGGUUCAUGGACGCUGUUUUCCGCAAGAAUACCCCGCUGAGUACCACCAGGACGCCGGUGUGGGGAGGACUGAUCAUGGCCUCUCCAGGUGUUCUGGCGCUGUUUGCCUCCCAAAGGAAGAACUCAGUACUGGUGAGCGUGAUGGUGGUGGCAGCAGGACUCUCCUGUGCAGCUGCACUCUUCAUAUCCGGUUACUCCUGUCUCACUCUCACCUACGGAGAGGAGGAUGAGGAGGUCUUCCACCGCCACGACAGUCCUGAAGUGACGUUUGUGCUUCAUCGGAUGGUGAAGGGGGCCAACGCCACCAUACUGCUGACCUGCACCAUCAGCCUGGCUCUCUCCUCUCUCAUCGCCUAUGUGGGCUGCCGCAGUCUUCCGUGCUGUGGCUGCUAUGAUGCCAGAACUGGAUUGGAAACGCUGGUUCCUCAGUGUGACCCUGGGGACACUGAGAUGGUUUGCACUUGGCAAGCAGGAGGUGACGACAGGCUCUUCAACUCUCCAGCUCAGUCCACUGACCAGGGCACCACUGAGGAAGAGGAGGUUCCCUCCAAACUGCCUCCAUACAGCAGACUGACCUGACACACUUCCACAUUAGAGACUGGUCCUACACAUUCCUGCUCGUUUCCUCCAUUCCAAAGAGGAUUAUGGAUUGUAAAGGUGUGCCUACAUUUCUUAUUUUUUGAAGCUGGACAGAGAGAAGGAAUCUGAAAACUCUAAAGAUGUCAAAUUGGAAAGUUGUAUAGAGAUCUUUUCUGAGUUGCUGCUCUUGAUUAGAACAAGCACUUUGGACUGUGGCAGUGUCUUUAUUUCCUCUUCGACCAAAGAUUUGUCGCCAAAUUCAUUUAAACCUUGCCAAAGUUGAAUACCUGUAUAUGUGACCUGUGCCUAUUUCCCUGUGUGCUGUGUGAAAGUAAAUAGUGUUCUCAAUAUAUAAAUUCUAAGAUGUUUUAUGUGUAUUUAAUAAAUAAAACCUGACU